GGCUUCGGUCGGUCAGUACACCGGAGCCCCGGAUGUUUGCUCGCCGCUUAAGGGAGCCCGUUCCAGGGGUGCUGUAUUCGUCACGACCGGGCCGGUGGCGGUGACACUGAGGAGGCGCGUGUCAUUGUGCUUCGUUUCGGCUCGGAUGGCGACGCCGGCCUGAGGACCGUAGGCUCGCCUCGCACCCACCGGGUGGCCGGCGGUGAUGCUUCCCGGCCAAACGGCGCCUGGCUCCUCCAGUGCGGCGGCGCAGGUGUCGGCCGGUUCGUACCGAAAACACCACCAGCACCAUCGUGGGCUUCACCACACGACGCCGCAGCCGAUACGAACCCAUCUCUGUGGAGUAGCUAAGCUUCCCACGGGUGCCUCUUAAUUGGGCCCGAUGAUGUGGAGCCGAAUCCACCUGGAGCUAAUAUUCCUGAGCGACGUGGACCAACUUCCCUUGUGACUCGUACGAUUGAUUUUGGUUUUUUUUAUUUUCAUUUUUUAAAUUAAUGCAGUUUCACUGGGAUUAUAUGAAUUUUGGGCAGCAAAAUUCGGACGUUGGGAUUUACUGCACAUAAAAUGUGGCAGCAACUACAACGAUGUACCUCUAGUUAAUUGGGAGUUUUUCAAUCAUGUCCAGAGCCAACAGUGUCAGCCCUCCCGGUGGCGGCGGCGGGCCCGGCCUGCGGGGCGGCACGGAGCACCGGUCGGCUUGGGGUGAGUCCGACUCUGUGGCCAAUGGUUGCGCAUACUCUGCCCGCAGACUCAACACCCGCUGGAGGGACGAUGACGACCCCCCGGAACGCUACCGGGCCGGACAUCCCGGCCGCGUGGCCACCACCGUGAGCCGGGUCAGCUUCCGCUCUCGCUCGGCGUGGCAGGAGCGCGGUGGCGACGAGCUUCGAACCAGAUCGGUGGAGCUGGGCCUCCCUCAGGAUGGCGUCCACGCUGAGCCCGGCUUCUCGGCGGCGGCUUUGUUGUCAGGCGUGACGCAUGUCUUCAGCUCCAAGAAAUUCCAGUCUGAGAACCUGGAGCGACUGUACCAGCGCUACUUCUUCAGGCUCAAUCAGAGCAGCCUAACCAUGCUCAUGGCGGUACUCGUGGUGGUCUUUGGUGUCAUGUUGCUCUUCCACUGCUUGGGGGGCAGCGGGCUGAACGUGGCGUACGUGCUGGUCUUCUCCGGCGCCAUCCUGCUGACGUUGGCGCUGAUGGCGGCAUGCAACCGGACAGGUUUCCAACAGGACCACAUGUGGGUGGUGUGCUACGCCCUCAUCCUGCUGGUGCUGCUUGUGCAGGUGGUGGGCGUGCUGCUCGUGCAGCCCCGAGACGCCUCGGAGGGCAUCUGGUGGACUGUAUUCUUCAUCCACGUAGUGUACACGCUACUGCCAGUCCGCAUGCGAGCCGCCGUGGUCACCGGGCUGCUGCUGUCCGGCGUGCACCUCGCCCUCUCCUGGAUGCAAAACACUGUGGACCCCUUUCUCUGGAAGCAGCUGGUGUCCAACAUGCUGAUCUUCUCGUGCACCAACAUCGUGGGUGUGUGCACACAUUACCCGGCGGAGGGCUCUCAGAGGCAAGCCUUCCGGGAGACGCGGGAAUGCAUCCAAGCUCGCCUGCACUCGCAACGGGAGAACCAGCAGCAGGAGCGUCUGCUACUGUCGGUGCUUCCCCGCCACGUCGCCAUGGAGAUGAAGGCGGACAUCAACGCCAAGCAGGAGGACAUGAUGUUUCACAAGAUCUACAUCCAGAAACAUGACAACGUCAGCAUCCUGUUUGCAGACAUUGAAGGCUUCACCAGUUUGGCAUCUCAGUGUACGGCUCAGGAGCUGGUCAUGACACUCAACGAACUCUUUGCUCGCUUUGACAAGCUGGCGGCAGAGAAUCACUGCCUACGCAUCAAGAUCCUCGGUGACUGCUACUACUGCGUGUCGGGCCUCCCCGAGGCCCGCGCUGACCAUGCUCACUGCUGCGUGGAGAUGGGCCUGGACAUGAUCGAAGCCAUCUCGCUGGUGAGGGAGGUGACUGGUGUCAAUGUGAACAUGCGGGUGGGCAUCCACAGUGGACGCGUUCACUGCGGCGUGCUGGGCCUGAGGAAGUGGCAAUUUGACGUCUGGUCCAACGAUGUCACACUCGCCAACCAGAUGGAGGCCGGCGGAAAAGCGGGGCGCAUCCACAUCACCAAAGCCACCCUCAACUACCUGAACGGCGACUACGACGUGGAGGCAGGAGCGGGCGGCGAGAGGAACGCUUACCUAAAGACGAACAGCAUGGAGACAUUCCUCAUUGUUGGAUGCAGCCAGAAGAGGAAAGAGGAGAAGGCUGUGAUCGCCAAGAUGAAUCGUCACAGGGCAAACUCGGUGAGUCACAACAGCAGCCACUGGACAGACAGACCUUUCUACAACCACCUGGCCAACAACAACCAGAUCUCCAAGGAGAUGAAGCGGAUGGGCUUUGAAGACCCAAAGGACAAACACGCGCAGGAGCACAUGAACCCCGAGGACGAGGUGGACGAGUUCCUGGGCCGAGCCAUCGACGCCCGCAGCAUCGACCGCCUGCGCUCGGAACACGUCAAGAAGUUCCUGCUCACCUUCAGGGAGGCCGACCUGGAGAGCAAGUACUCCCGACAGGCGGACUCCCGCUUCGGGGUGUACGUGGCGUGCGCCUCCCUCGUCUUCGUCUUCAUCUGCUGCAUCCAUGUUGUCAUCAUGCCUGCUUCUGGCGUGAUAAGGAGCUUUUUCGCGUGCUGCCUUCUCCUCCUGAUGGCGCUCGUAUUCGUGUCCAGCGUGUACUGCUGCUACGGGGUGUUCCCGGCGGCCCUGCAGACCUUCUCCAGGAGGAUCGUCCAAUCGCGUUUGAACAGCACCCUGGUGGGCGUGGCCACCAUCGUGGUGGUCUUUCUGUCAGCCUUCGUCAACAUCUUCAGCUGCAGCGGGCGUGACCUCCGCAGCUGCAUUGGGGCGGAGCUUAACAUCAGCCGGGACGCAGUGGACGCCUGCCACGCGCGCUUACUCAACUACAGCCUGGAUGCACAGACGGGACCCUGCGGGGACCCAGCGCCCUUCUGUGGUUUUCCUGAGUACUUUUCGUGGUGCAUGGUGCUGAGCCUGCUGGCGUGCUCGGUGUUCCUGCAGGCUCACAGCCUGGGCAAGCUGGCGCUCAUGCUGGCCAUGGAGCUGCUGUACCUGGCGCUCGUUGAGCUGCCGCACGCCGCGCUCCUCGACAACCGCGACCUCCUCGUCGUGGCCAACGCCGCUGCCGAGCACCUGAACGGAACCAGCUGCGUGGUUGAGUCCAAGGUGCCCCUGAAGAUCGUGACGCCCGUGGUCAUCACCGUGUUUGUGCUGGCGCUCUACCUGCACGCCCAGCAGGUGGAGUCCACGGCCAGACUCGACUUCCUGUGGAAGCUGCAGGCGACGGAGGAGAAGGAGGAGAUGGAGGAGCUGCAGGCGUACAACCGCCGCCUGCUGCACAACAUCCUGCCCAAGGACGUGGCGGCGCACUUUUUGCAGCGGGAGCGCCGCAACGACGAGCUCUACUACCAAUCGUGCGAGUGCGUCGCCGUCAUGUUCGCCUCCAUCAGCAACUUCUCCGAGUUCUACGUGGAGCUCGAAGGCAACAACGAGGGCGUCGAGUGCCUCAGGCUGCUCAACGAGAUCAUCGCAGACUUUGACGAGAUCAUCAGCGAGGACAACUUCCGGCAGCUAGAGAAGAUCAAGACGAUAGGCUCGACGUACAUGGCGGCGUCGGGCCUGAACGCGGGCACCUACGACAAGACGGGCCGCUCGCACGUCCGCGCGCUGGCAGACUACGCCAUGCGCCUCAUGGAGCAGAUGAAGCACAUCAACGAGCACUCCUUCAACAACUUCAAGAUGAAGAUCGGUCUGAACAUGGGCCCUGUGGUGGCCGGCGUGAUCGGCGCCCGCAAGCCUCAGUACGACAUUUGGGGCAACACGGUCAACGUGGCGAGCCGCAUGGACAGCACCGGCGUGCCUGAGAAGAUACAGGUGACGGCCGACUUGUACCAGGUUCUGAACUCCUACAAUUACUCGCUGGAGUACCGAGGCGUGGUGACUGUGAAGGGGAAAGGCGACAUGAUGACCUACUUCCUCAACAGUGGACCCUCCGGCAGCAGCUAACGCACUUUUUUUUUCCUGGACCCAGAAGGGGCCACGCUGGCCUGACAGGAAGUUGAAUGGUUUUUUUCUCCCCACUUAUUUUGAACUCUCAAGGAUCGAGAGAAGUUGACACCAAAGAAGCCAAUUAUAGCUCGCAGACAUUUCAAACGGGCCUAAGUCCGACGUCUUCUGAGCUCUUAAACGCAUCGUGAGCAGCUGCUUCCUGUUCCUUAGGCUGUCCACUUGAAAGGAAAAAAAGAUGUCAACAAAGACGUUUUUAUAACUUUUGGACAUUUUCUAUCUUGACUUGGGAAAGUCAAAUUCUAUAUUUUGUACAAAAACAGAUUAUAUUACAUUAUUUACACAUUAUCACUUACAAUGUGACAGCCCGAAGAACGCUUGGCGCACCCUCACGACCCAUGAAUGUCCAAUGAGGCCUUUUAACUCAAUCACUUUCCACUAAAGGUAUUAAUCACUACAGCUGGUUCUGUUUCUUUUUAAAUACAUGUUACACAAUCAACCUUGAUUUUUAGAUCACUUCAACUGGCUGCGUUAUUUUGGAGUAUUUUUCAGACGGGGCAGAACUAGUAGAGUAAAAUCAGAGAAAUGCGGCGGUCCACAAUGCGAAUAAUAUGACUGUCUAUGACACAGCAUAUACCGUAAUAAAAAGAGAUGUUUGAUUGUUCUUUCAAUGAAUGGCUGACAAAAGUAAUAAACUGGGCCAAGUGUCACAUUUGA